AUGAGCGCUCAGCUGGCCCGGCCGCUGCGCCAGCGCCACGCCGACGCGGGGCGUCCCUGGCGCGCCGCAGGCGCUGCGCUGGACCCGGACCUGGUCUACGACGUCGCCGCGGCCCUGCAUAUCUUUGUCAAACUUCCAGGCAAGAAGCCGAUCUCGUUGGACAUCCAGGCCGAAAGCACGAUCGACUCCCUCAAGCUCUUGAUACAGGACAGGGAGGGCGUCCCCCCAGACGAGCAGCGCUUGAUCUACGCAGGGAGGCAGAUGGAGCCGGGCCGGAAGCUCAACGAGUACAAUGUCCAGGACGAGGUGAUGAUAUUCGUGACAUUUCGACUCCAUGGAGGCAUGCAGAACGUCGACACCGAGAUGGCCGAGGACACGGAGGACACGAACACAGGCCUCACGCAGGAUAUGGCCACCUCGGGCCUCACGCAGACGCUCAACGCCCUCGGCAUGGAGGACUCUGGCAACGCUGUCGCGGACCCCAGCUUGGCUAGGACGCUGGCCGAGCUGGACGCGAUCGAGGUCGACGAGGAGGCCUCCCUCAUCGAGAACGAGAUCUUGCAGCAUUUCGAGCUCGUGCAGGCUGCACGGAGUGUGCACGGUCCGAUGGUCGCCCCGCGUUCCCUCGACUCCCGGGCAGAGUUCGCGAACACCCUCCGGUUGCUCGCCUACGCCCCCUCGGCCGCUGACGCCUGGAACGUCCUCGGUCUUUCUUCGCUGGAGGGCCCAGACCUGUCGCUGAACACCAUCGAGGCCCGCCUCCGCUUCGCGAAGCUCUUGGGCUCCAUGAUCGACGGCGCGACGUGGCCGCAGGCGGACAAGACCACCGCCCAGCAGGACAUCCAGUCCAUCGAGGCGGCCGCGGCGACCUGCUUCGCAUCGUUCGACACGUGGGUCCGCGAGCGCAAGCGGAUGCGGCCGUCCAAACUUCCGCUCUGGCGGGAGUUAGGCAGCCAAGCACUCAAGGCUGUUCUGGGCACCGCCCCGCGCAACACAGAGGUCGCAUGUUCGCAGUGGUCCUCCUUAUUGGACAUAUCCGCGAUCGACGCGUCACUCCGGGGACGCGUGGCGCCGGUGGACGAAGCCCGCUUGCUCGCCGACCUGGCGGAGAAAGGGGACGCCAGCUUCUGGGACACCGUGCAGACCACCGGGAGGCCCAUCUCAUUCUGGGCGCCCGCGAACGCCGCUGCCCUCGGUCGCCUCCUGUCCGCGCUGUUGCGACGCAGCACGGACCGCGUACCAUGCGAGUACGUCCGCAUCAUCGCGCCGCUCGACCUCUUCCCGGGCUGCGCCACUGUCGAGAGCAUCUGCGACCUGUGGUGGCACGACCUCCUGGGCGAGAAAUGGACCGCCCUCCGCCGUCGCGUCGACUUCCACCCGCAGCCGAUGGAGUUCGUCUCCCCUGGUCCGGCGGGUCCGCGGCACGAACUUCGAGGGCUGGCGGUCUUCACGAUAUCCACCUCUCUUGUCCGCGAGCCCCCGAAGAUCCUGGACUUGGAGUCCCCGGUUGUCACGGCCGCGCCUUUGCCCACCUAUCUCGUGGACUUCCCGUCGACCCUGGGGGCGGAGGUCAUGACCGUCCUGUGCAACCACCUCGGCCACUCCCCCAAGAUCGGGAGGAUCUAUCGCAGCCCAGGCCACACGGCCGAGUCCCCCAGGGGGCGGGUCGAGGUACGCUUCACCUCCACCACGUCGCGCCUCAAUCAGGAGGCGGUGAUGCGCCACGCCCGCCAGAUUCUUCCCACGGGCGUGUGUUUCGCUUCCCAGGACCUCUACACGGAGCCGGGCUCCCUCAUCGCGGAGUUGGGCCACGCGGACGUGAUCGCGUCGAUUUGGGCACUCUGCUCUGGAGCCCUCUUCUUGAGCAAGUCCACCCUCCUCCUCACGACGGAGGCCACCGCCAGCACGUGGCAGCAGGCCAUGGAUACCCUGAUGCGGAAUGACCCGGAUUCGGCAGUCUACAAGCUGAAAUGGCGUCCGUCGCGCCACGGCGGGCGGCCAUUUGCUUCGCCCUCGGCGCUUCCCGCGAGGAUUGCGGCUACGCGUCGGACAAAGCAGACCCGCGGGACCACCUCGACGGUCCAGGCCAUCACGGACGUCGAGAUCAAGGGCCACCUCCACGCCGACGAGCACGCGCUAAUCCGGGACCUCGUCACUCACCUGGUCGGCCAGACGGGAAUCUCGCUGACCGAGCUGCAGGAGGACCGCGGGCGCCGGGCAGGCAAGUGGCAAUGGCUGGCCGCCGAUGACCCCGCAGCACCACCCGGCCGCUUCCGCCUAUACCUGAAGGACUUGGAGGAGGUGGCCAAGGUCCGGGACACGCUGCACGACAAGGCGGUGAAGGUGGGCAUGGACACGUUCCGCGUGCAGGUGUUCAACGACCUGGAGGAUCGGGUCAACGACGGGGUGAACCUGAGGACGAACUCCGCUGGCGCGGCGACGGUGACAGCAGGUGAGUUCGUGCAGCACACGUGCAAGCAGGGGCCCCCGGUGCCCCUGCCGCUGGACGAGCCGACGGUGACGAUCACGACCACCACGUCGUCCAAGGAGCAGUUGGCUGCACCCGUCCCGGCGCCGGCGCCCUCUGCGGCGCCCCCCGCAGCAGAAUUCCGCGGCACGCGGACCACCGCCCCCGUGCUCACCGGCGGGACGCAGGUGGAGGUGGAGAGGCCCCGCCUGGGGCGCUCCCGAGGCGACAAGAUCCGCCUCACGUACGGCGAGUACACGGAAGGAGCCACCGUUCAGCGCGUCGACCCCAAGGUCAUCUACUUGAGCGGCGGGCUGCAGCACGGGUAUCCGUACCCGGCCAUGGUGACGACGGACAAGGGCCUGUGCUACAACACCGCGGGCGCGGCGAAGGACAAGCUGGGCCCCGGCCUCGGCCGCCCGCUACAGGAGCACCGCCAGCUUUCUACUGCGAGCCGCAUGCUGUACCCGCACCAGCAGCAAUGGCUGAGCGCGGCACGGCACGCUGAACAGCAGGUGCCAGGCACCGUGGCCUUGCCUGAUCACUUCAGUUGCCUUGGAACGUAG